GUCGGGAAUCGGAUAUUCAGCGCUGUGUCGCCGUGGCACCAGGUGUUUGGAUCUUAUUGUGGAGACUGGUGCCUGCUGAUCCCUCAGGAUGAUGCGAGCAGGAGGACUUUUGAAACUGGGGGUGCUGGUUUCUGUCUUAUUUGUAGCUGUGUUCCUGGCCUUUGAGCUGUUGGAGAGCAAUAUGAAUUUUAAUUUGGGAAAAGUCUUUACACGAUAUGCACCUCCAGAUGCAGUCCCCACCAGACCACUGCGCCACAAAUGCGGCCUAUCAAAAUCAUGUCCUGAGGACCAUUUUGCCUUUAAGAUCACCAGUGGAGCAGCCAGUGUUGUCGGCCCAAAGAUGUGUUUUCAGGACAAUGUAAUAAUGAGCGGUGUGAAGAACAACAUUGGACGCGGUAUAAACAUUGCUUUGCUCAAUGGGAAGACCGGCGAGCUCACUAAGACUGACUCAUUUGACAUGUGGACUGGAGAUGUAAAUCUUCUCAUCAAAUUCUUGAAGGACAUAGAAGAUGGAAGCAUUGUCAUGAUGGCCACAUUUGACGACCCUGCAACAAAGAUGAAUGACGAGGCCAGAAAUUUGAUAGCAGAUUUGGGCAGUUCAAGCAUCAGCAUAUUAGGCUUCCGAGAUAACUGGGUGUUUGUUGGAGGCAAAGGAAUCAAGACAAAGAGCCCCUUUGAGCAGCACAUCAAGAACAAUGCAGAGACUAACAAGUAUGAAGGAUGGCCAGAAGUUCUGGAGAUGGAAGGAUGCAUUCCUAUAAAGCAUGACUGAAAUCAACCUUAUUUUAAAAUAAUUUAGCUGUUCCUGGUGGAGUUUGAAGAAAAUUGAAUGAGCAAUGUGUUGUUGAAUUGACAUUUUCAAUGAUGCAAGUAAGUGUAGAAUAUAGACUUUGAAGGACUGUAUCUUAUAUCUUAAGGUUAGAAGUCCUGAGCAUUUGCUGCUCUCUAUUUAUAUUUAUUUUAUGGGGUUCCCACUCCUUUUGAUCAAUGCAUUUCUAUUACUUUUCUGUUGUACAUGAUCCCUAGAUUGAGAUUUUUUUAAUUAAUUGCAAGUACAAUAUGUAGCCAGUGAAAUAUUUUAAAACUUAAAUAUAAAAAAUUACGUUAACCAAAGCUAUUUUAGUAACUUCAAAAAUUGUUGUUUUUCCACCAAUGGAAAACAUUUCUAAAAUGUCAUGCUUGCGGAAAACCUGAUUCAUAGGUACUCUUUAUUUUUAAAGCUGGUCCAUAAACUGCCAUUGUGCUGCCAUUUGUGAACCUCCAGUGUCAUAAAAAGAGAUAUAGGAAUCAGAAGGUUUGAGUGCCUGUUGUCUUAUAGUCUUUUGUACUACAAAUAGAGAAUUAAGGAAGAGGGUUUGUGCUCAUUUUAAUCAUAGCACCAUGACAAUGUUGAUCAGAAUGGAUUGAAGAUACACGGCUUAGAGCUGUUGUUACCAAAAGAUUGUUUUUACAUUAUUUAUUAUUUUAUGUUUAUCAUACUGUUUCUACUGGCAAAGACAGUUUGAAUGUUGAAUGGUAGAGAAUGAAGAUUUUUUUUCCCCCACUUUGCAUUUAAUUUACAAGAUUUUUUUUGUACUAAAAAACUACUGUCUUCAGUUUUUAUAAUAAUUUUAUUUUUAAUAGCUUCAGGGAGUCUUGUUACAUUUUGGUGAUUUGCAUUCAGAGAUUUUUCGUUUGUCGUUUUAUUCGGCCAAAUUUUUUUUUUUUUUUUUUUUUUGCAUUUUAAGAGUUUGAGCAGCAGCUGUUAUAUGCAGUUAGUGCUGAUAUUACACUAUUAUAAUUUAAUAUAAUCUUUUUUUUAUUGUGCUUUAUGCAAUAUCUGUAGUAUGUCCUGUAUUGUGAAUUUACAAAGCCAAAAGAUCACCUUGUUGUUAAUAUUGUUAAUGAUUGCCUGUAUGAUUUUUAACUUUACUUACACUGUGAAGUUGUGCAUGAUACAUUUUUUUUGUAAGAAAACCAGCUGUGUGCCUUACUACAGUGAUAAUAUAUGCAAAGUGAUUUUGUCUAGACUUUUGUGUGGAGUUGUUGAUUGCACGUCAUGGCCUUAAUAUGUAUAGCUGUACUGAGGAGUUCUUUAUUAUAAAUUAAAUUUAAAUCAAGUAAACUUUGCAUUCUGUGAUUGUAGAGUCUUUCCUUAAAAUACGACUCAAGCUUUUUAGGGUGUUUCGUAAUAAAACAAAUGACUUGCUUUCA